GAGGGCUGUGGAAGUGCUUGGAUGUAUUCAUCAGUUUUCAUUCAUCCAUUAGUCCGCCUCACUUACUGAAACCCACUAGCUAUACGUGUGACGGGACUCGCAAUUGAAGACAAUACCCUUGGCGACUUCACAUCUCAAAUUUUUGACGCGUUAAAGCUCGGACGCCCAUAUGCAUCUGUAUCCUUCGGCGCAGUUUAUCGGUGCAGCAUCAAAACCGACGAAGGCACUAUGGAGGUCGCAGUGAAGGUGCUCAAGAUCGAUCCUGGGAGAGCUAUGGAGAAAAUUGAGAAGGCAAUGCGUCGGGAACUUGAACUAUGGCUUAGACUGUCAAAGCAUUCAACUAUAGUGCCGCUACUUGGCAUUGCAUACGUCGAUUCUUCAUUGCCAGCUCUAGUUUCUCAAUGGAUGUCGCCUGGGACAUUGUAUAUGUACCUCGAGCAAGGUACAAUUACUGCUUCCACUAAAGUUGAAUUGGUCAUGGGCGUCGCGGGUGGCCUCAAGUAUCUUCACUCCGAGGGUGUCGUUCACGGAGACCUUCAUCCUGCAAAUGUGCUCAUAGACGAUUUAGGCAAUCCACGUCUCACAGAUUUUGGUCUCGCAACAGUCGUAGGAGACCCAGAGUUGCAGUGGGGUGCGACAACUGCGGCACGUGAACUCAAUGUUCGGUGGCGUGCUCCUGAAGUUAUUGGACUCGAGUAUGAUCCUGCAAAACCGACUUUUAUGAGUGAUAUCUAUUCUUUUGGUGGUGUCAUGUUCCUUGUGCGAUCUCUGUGAUUUUUGCUGCUCUAUUCUAAGCCUUUCCUUCUCAGAUCCUCUCAGGGGUUACACCAUGGAAAGAGAAGAAACAUUCAACUCACAUCAUCAUCGAGCUAUCGAAAGGAGCUACUCCUGCACGUCCCGACAACAUUUUGGACGAUUACUGGGGAUUGAUUCAACAAUGCUGGUCUUGGGACCCUGUGCGUCGUCCAGAGGCAACGGAAGUGCUUCGAUACAUCGAUCAGUUUACCCAACAUCAG